AUGGCAGCACACGAGAAUAUGGGCGUCGACCCCGAUCCGCAGCCCAGGGUCAACGAAUCCAAGGCAUCGCACGCCGACAUGACGGCCGGCCGCUACCUCGCGACCAGGUUCAGCACCUUGAAGCCGCCGAUGCUGGCCGCGCCGAACCCCUGGCGUCUCGUGAGAAUGCUGAACCGCCACCAAUGGGCGUUCUUCGGCGUGGCCUUUGCCGCCUGGACGUGGGAUGCCUUCGACUUCUUCACCGUUUCCCUGACCGUGACGCAACUGGCGAAGGAGUUUGGCAAGACGAAGACGGACAUCACGUGGGGCAUCACGCUGGUGCUCAUGUUCCGUUCUGUGGGCUCUGUCAUCUUCGGUAUCGCCGCCGAUCGAUACGGUCGCAAGUGGCCGUUUGUCGUCAAUAAUCUGCUAUUCGUCAUUCUCGAGCUGGGAACCGGCUUCUGCCAGACGUAUCGGCAAUUCCUGGUGUGUCGUGCACUGUUUGGCGUCGCCAUGGGCGGCCUCUACGGUAAUGCCGCUGCCACGGCGCUGGAGGAUGUCCCUGAAGCGGCCCGCGGCCUCAUGAGCGGCAUAUUGCAACAAGGUGUUAGUUCGCGCUCCUCUGCUGCCCAAUUUGUUUGCCUCACUGACACGUACGUGCUCACGCAGUACGCCUUUGGAUACUUGCUCGCUACAGCGUUUGCCAGGGGCCUCGUCGACACGACGCCCCACGGUUGGCGCCCGCUCUUCUGGUUCGGAGCCUGCCCGCCCGUCCUCUUCAUCAUCUGGCGACUCAUGCUGCCCGAGACGCAGACGUUUCUCGCCCACAAGCGCCUGCGCGAGCACGCCGCCCACCAGCACGAGACCACAGCCAGCGCUGACGGCUCCCCGCAGCGGUCCGUCACGUCGACCUUCCUCCAGGAGGGCAAGGUCGCGCUGGUCGUGCCCAAUCUCGGCGCCAUGCUCGGUGGCAGCACCGUCGGCUACUGCUCGCAAAUCUUUGGGCGCCGCUUCAGCAUCCUCUGCUGCUGCGUCAUGGGCGGCGCCAUGCUGUACCCCUACACCUUUGUCUCGAACUCGCGCGUCAUGGCCGCCGCUUUCUUCAUGCAGUUCGCGGUCCAGGGCGCCUGGGGUGUCAUCCCCAUCCACCUCAUGGAGCUCAGCCCCGGCGCCUUCCGGACCUUUGUCGUCGGCACGGCCUACCAGCUCGGCAACCUCGCCUCGAGCGCGAGCUCGACCAUCGAGUCGCGCCUCGGCGAGAACUUCCCCCUGGCGCCCACGGCUAAGGGUGAGACGCGCUACGACUACGGCCGCGUCAUUUGCAUCUUCAUGGGCUGCGUCUUCGCCUAUGUCAUUGUGCUGACCAUCCUGGGUCCCGAGCGCCUGCGCCGGAGCUUUGACGUCGAGGACGACGAUGAUGCGCGCGAGGUCGCCGGUAUGGAGACCAUUGGCGGGGCGGGGCGCGACAGGGUGCUGGGCGAUGAGGAGAUGGGCCACCAGGAGAAGAGCGCUGUGCAUCGCGAGUAG